UUAGCCCGCCAGGUGCUAGCAGCCUCACCGUAAUCGCCUAGGCCCAUGGGCCUAAUUCCGCGGGACCCACGACGCCGGGACGCCAGGAACGACUCCUGUCUUGGGACUUUGGGAGAAGUCUUCCCCAUCUGAGCGUCUACGCGUGGCUUGUUGAUCUGCUGCUCCGCCUUUAUCUCAAAGGAAGGAUUUGAUUUUCUGACAAUUCAAUUCUUGUAACCACUGUCCAGUCUCCUCCCCUCAGGCAUCAAGAGAUCUCCCCCGUCCACGCGUCCCACAAUUUCCGCCAAGCUGAAACGGUCUCGCUCCACAGCACCGCACACAGAUUCUCGGGAAGCCAACAAAGCGCCGCCGCCACUGGCCGAACAUCACUCGUCGCCGGCCAUGGCUGCCUCCGCCGCCGCCCGCGAUCGAUUUCUCACCGUCUACAUCUCCUCCGAUGACGAGGACGACGACGUAGCGGUCAUCGGCGCCUCCAGCAGCCCCGAGGAGGUCCAGAUCCAGCAGGCCAUCCUCCUCUCCAUCGACUCCUCUGCCUCCCCAAUCACCAUCCCCUCCUCCUCCCCUGGAACUUCCGCCGCAGGGAGCUCCAGAGGAUCCAUUCCACUCCGCAAGGGCAAGCGCAAAUUACCACUGGAGUUGCCCUUGUUCCCUGUUACUCCCCGCGGGUCUCUGUUAAAGGCAGCAGAGACGCAUCAGGUCAUCGAUGUUGAUGAUGACAGAUUAAAUCAAGUUAUUGAUUUAGAUGGCGAUGGAAGCUUACAUCAACCGAUUGGCUUACAUCAACCGAUUGGCUUACAUCAACCGAUCGAUCUAGAUGCUGGUGGCAGCGGCUCGAUCCCAAUCAAAGAGGCAGGCGACGGCGCAAGGGGAUCACGCCACGAUGUGCCGCGAGAGCUCGGCGGAUGUUCCUACAUCCUGGAUGGAGAUGACCGACGGGAAGAAAGGGGAGAAGAAAUAAUCGACGGCGAGUUCGACUGCACAAUCUGCACGGAGACAGUGCCCGGCAUCGAGCGGUUCCCCAUCGCCGGGUGCGCGCACGCGUUCUGCGUCGGCUGCGUGCGGCAGUACAUCGCCGCCAAGGUCGAGGAGAACCUACUGUCCAUCGGCUGCCCCGACCCGGGCUGCAAGGACGGCGUGCUCCUCCCUGAGGAGUGCCGGCACGUGAUCCCGCCGCCGCUGUUCCAGCGCUGGGGCGCCGCGCUCUGCGACAUGGCGCUCGGGGACCUCAAGUUCUACUGCCCGUUCAAGGACUGCUCCGCGUUGCUGGCCAACGACGAUCCCGGGGACGGGGACGCCGCGGCGGCGGGGGCGGCGGUGGUGACGAACGUGGAGUGCCCCCAUUGCAACCGGGUGUUCUGCGCCCAGUGCAAGGUGCCGUGGCACGACGGCGUGGACUGCGCCGAGUUCCAGCGGCUCGGCGACGACGAGCGCGGGCGGGAAGACCUGUUGCUGAAGAAGGUCGCGCAGGAGAAGAAAUGGCAGAGGUGCCCCAAGUGCAAGGUGUACGUCGAGAGGGUGGCCGGCUGCCAGUUCAUGGUCUGCAGGUGUGGGAACUGGUUCUGCUACCUAUGCGGCUGCACGACGCCGAUGAACCAUGUAUGCCGGAACUGCAGGCCUAGAAGGACCUGAAGACUCCCCGAAAAAAAAAAAGGACCUGAAGACGCCCAAAACUGCUUUCGGGGAAGGAAUUUAUUUCAUGUUCUGUAUAGAAGCCGGAGAAUACUAUCUCACUAUUAUAAAGGUAUCCAUCCUAGCGGUGGUCCCUUCACCCUGGAACCAGCGUACCUCUUUUCAGAUCUUACAUGGUUGAGCAGGUUUAGUCUGAUCUGGUAUAAACGAUGUCAUUGGUUUCUUAAAUGUGUAUUAUAAUUUUUUAAAUCGCAUCGACCUUGUGCUAGUUUCUACUGAUUUUAUUA